CGCUAAUACAAAUUUGAAAAAUAAUUUUAGCAAAUGAACAAUUAGAUAUUUGUUUGAAUAUGGCCCAGCGGCUAUCUAAACAUUAUUUCCAAAACAGUGCUCUAAUAUUUUGAGUUCCAGUUGACUUAAAGUGUCCAUAAUCCACGGUUUUAUCAGUUGACCUAGAUUUCGGAAAUAUUUCCCAACGAGUAGAAACUUCUGUUCAUUCCAUCAGAAUGGAGGCGUUUCCAGUGGACAUUCAGCUGUUUAUACAGACUUUGAUAUGGUUUGGAAUCGUUCUCACUGGUCUUAUUACCAGUGUUCCUAUUGGUGUUACACAGACUAAUUUUGGUGGAAACUGCGUUCUUUAUGGGACAUUUCAAUGGAAAAAUUCUUCAUACUUUGACUACAAUUUUGGACCUGCUGCUACAUGUCACUUUAUUGUCUAUCUUCACGUGUUUGUAAGCAUUGUCUUCGCAUGUGGCAUGGGAAUUUACUACUCAUAUGCAACAUACAUGAGUAUUACCAAGGAUAAAAGCAUAGCGACCCAUAUGUGGGUGAUGCCAUUCCUGUUGUGUAAUUCAGUUAUCACUGCUAUUAUCUUCAUCACAUCAUGUAUUGUUGGAGUUGGCUUCGCUCAGUGGUGUGGUGGCUUUCUUAGUGGGCGUGACCUUGGGGCUUCUAUUGAUGGAUGUGCGAGUGGUCAGAACAUGGAUAUCUGGGGGCCAACUUGGAAUGCUCAUGCACCUGCUGGUACCAGCUAUUUUUCUGGAACUUUCUUCAACUUCAUGACAGUUGGCCAGACUGCAUCAUGGGUAGCAUUCCUCCUGUGGACUGCACAGACCUCAUUUACAGGUAUUCGUCUCUACAGAAACAUCAAAUUGCGCUCUGCUGGUGAUGGUUUUGUUGGCCAAGAUGAGUUUGCGGAUACUGCUAACAUUGGGAAUACAACACCAUCAGCUUAGGUGUUACUGAUGUCACAUCAACUGAUAACUAUUAAGCCCUCACAUUUUAAGGUGACAGGUGUGAAUUUGACCACAAAAUUCAAAAACAUACCCAUUUUAUGUAUUUACUUAGUCAUGGGCUUUCUAGAGACUUGAAAGCCCAGGAAUUAGUGAAACAUGUUUUCCAUCUAUUUUAAUGGGUUUUCACUACCUAUGUCUGAUACCAGUGAAAUGGCUGCUAUUUUGAAUGAACUUAGAGAAAUAUGAUGAACUACUGACAAUGUUCAAAAUGUCUUCCACAUUAUUGGAGGUGUGUUUUUAAUGAUAUCUUUGCUUGGCAAUGUCAGAUCUUAAAGAUGCAAGUUCUAGUCUAUUAAUAUUUUUUCAAGUUUGACCACUUGAAAUAUGUUCCACUGUAAAACACUUUUAUUCAGAAAUUCAGCAAAUCUUUAUAUUCUGGUUCAAUUAAGACUUUGUCCCACUUAUACCAAUGGUACUACAUAUUGCAGCAAAUUAGGGAAUGUAAAACGUAAGCUCAUUUAAACAGUUACAUAUCAUUAUCAUGAAUUAGAAGUAUUUUAGUUUUUUUUAUUGAAGGUGAGAAUUACAGCUUUUGAC